AUGGCGUGGUACUCUCUUCUCCCGGACUCGAUGAGUACAUGGGAAACAUGGAUCAUCAGACUGUUUAUCUUCCUCGGCUUCUUAACGAUCGGACCGUGGGCCGGCCUGGUCAUAUUCGACAUUGUCUACUACUUCGCGCGCGUGAUCGCAUACGAAUUGCCAUUCUUUGGAGGACGAGCGAACGGCGAGCACAAACCAAGGGCGCCGACAUUGACGGAACGGCCGAGUGGGCGACGGCGAGCUUUCAGUCUUCGGGGAGAGGAGCUGGCUAGUCAAGCAAGUCAGACAACCACCUUGGAGAAGGAGAUGAUGAGGAGGCUUGUGCAGACUGAGAAUGAAAAGACAGUAAUCUAG